GAAGGAGAAAUAUACAAAGGUAGGCGGGCAAAAAUUCAAAUUCAAAAUUAAAGAAAAAGCAAAAAAUGUCAGCCGCUUUGUAGCGUCGAUUCGAACUUCAAACUACCGAAAUCAAAUUUCUGACUGGUUCAAGAUCUGUCCCAUCGAAUAGAGUAAGGAAGCCUUCACAUUCACCACACACACACAAUGAUUGAUCAUAAAGAAAUGAAUGUUCAUGAAGCACUAGAACACGUUAGAGCACAAAACGAAAAACUCGAGGAAGAAAUCCAUAUCAAGACCGAUUUGUGCAAGAAUUUGAAAAGAGCUCAAGACGAACUCAUAACGAAACUUCAAGAAGCAAAGUCGCAAUCUGAAAAACAAGCCCAAGAACUGAGUACCAAAUCUGACGAGUUAUCUACACUGACUCAACUCCAUCAAGACCUCAAGUCAAGUUUUCAAGAAAAAGAAUCGGCGUUAAAACACCUUAAUUCCGCAACUGAAAAGCUUCGGUAUGAAUAUGGAGAAAAUGUUCAAAAGUUUGAGGGAGAAAACAAAGAACUCGUCUUGGCUCUGGAAGAAGCGAAAACCGUUUCAGAAUCUUUGAAGUCGAGUCUUGAUUCUAGCAACGCGGAGAUCGAAGAUCUGAAGAGAGUUUUAUUACUUAAAGAUAAAAAAAUUGUCGAAAUCUCCGACAAAACACAAACAGCAAGGGAUCUGAUUUCGAGAGACGAGGUGAUAAGUAAACUGGAAGAAGAACGUAGAGACGUUCAAGAUCGGUUGAAGUGGAAGAACGAACAGUUUCAACAUCUCGAAGAAGCACACAAAAAGCUUCAAGAUAGUUUCAAAUCUAGUAAAACGGAAUGGGAGAACGAAAAGUCGUUGUUGCUACAAGAGAUUUGCUCACUUCAAACGAAUCUCGAUUCUCAAACGAGAAUAUCCGAAAACCUUCGGACCGAACUGAGAGUAUGCAACCAAGCGUUAGCGCAUGAACAAAGCAAUAAGAAACUGUUGGAAGUCGAGAUUUCGGAAUACAAAUCGCGGUAUGAUGAUAUUUUCUCCGAGUGUCAUGAAGCGAAGUUGACGAUCGAAAAGUUGUCGCAUAAGCGGGACGAAGAGGUUGCGGAAUUAAGAGACACUUUGGCUGCAAAAGAUUCGUUAUCGAAAGAAAUGGGAUACAAACUGGAGCAUUUGGAACGAGAGAAUACGGAUCUCAUUGCAUCGCUUAAAGAAUUUCAAGAAUCUCAAAUUAACAGUGGGAAUACGGGCUCGUUGAAGAAGCUUCAAAAGAAGUAUAACAGUUUGGAACAGGCACACAAGAAGUGUAGUGAGAAAUUGAAAGUAGAAGUCGAGUUGAAAUCUGAAUUAGAAAGGUUGAAAAAAGAGAUAGAUGAUUAUUCGAUCAAACUGAAAGAUCAAAGUGAACACGUUAUGCAACUACAAGAAGAGUUGAAAUCUUGUCGGUGCUUACCCGAAGUACAGAAGUUAGUUGAAUUGGAGAAAGGGAAACUGUUUGUUGAAAGGCAGAAUAUGCAACUUGAAGCGGAGAAUCAAAGGAUUCUAUGCAGAGUAAACGAGCAAAAUGAAAAAAAUGUCGAUUUGCAGCAACAACUUGUUUUACUAGAAACAUUGCUUACAGAAAGAACAGAAGCACAGAAAAAGGAAAAAGAAAAUAAUUUAGCAAUUAUUGAAGAAAUUGUGAAAGAGAAACAGAAACUGGAAAAUGAAGUUUCUUGUUUAUGUGAGGAAGUCAAAGUCAAAGACGAGUCCUUGUUGAAGUCAACUCGACGAGCAGAAGAACUAGAAAACUUGCUACGAGUCACCAAAUUAGAAACCGAAAAUCUGAUGGAUGAGAAUACGCGUCUGGUGAAUAAUGUUGAGGCUCAAAACCGGAGGAUAGAAGAACUUUUUAAAGAGAAGACAAAUGUUUUAAUGAUCUCUGAAGAAAAACAGAAACUGGAGGAUGAAUUUUCUUGUUUAUGUGAGGAAGUCAAAGUCAAAGACGAGUCCUUGUUAAAGUCAACUCAACGAGUAGAAGAACUAGAAGACUUGCUGCGAGUCAACAAAUUAGAAACCGAAAAUCUGAGGGAUGAGAAUACGCGUUUGAUGAAUAAUCUUGAGGCUCAAAAGCGGAGGAUUGAAGAACUUGUGAAAGAGAAGACAAAUGUUUUAAUGAUUUCUGAAGAAAAACAGAAACUGGAGGAUGAAUUUUCUUGUUUAUGUGAGGAAGUCAAAGUCAAAGACGAGUCCUUGUCGAAGUCAACUCAACGAGCAGAAGAACUAGAAGACAUGCUCCAAGUCAACAAAUUAGAAACUGAAAAGUUGAGGAAUGAAAAUACGCGUUUGGUGAAUAAUCUUGAGGCUCAGAACCAGAGGAUAGAAGAACUUUUGAAAGAAAAGACAACUACUUUAAUGAUCUUUGAAGAAAAACAGAAACUGGAGAAUAAGUUCUCUUGUUUAUGUGAGGAAGUCAAAGUCAAAGACGAGUCUUUGUUGAAGUCAACUCAACGAGCAGAAGAACUAGAAGACUUGCUACGAGUGAACAAGUUAGAGACCGAAAAUCUAAUCGAUGAGAAUAUGCGUUUGGUGAAUAAUCUUGAGGCUCAGAACCGGAGGAUUGAAGAACUUGACAAAGAGAUGACACAUGCUUUAAUGAUCAUUGAAGAAAAACAGAUACUUGAGGAUGAACUUUCUGGUUUAUGUGAGCAAGUCAAAGUCAAAGACGAGUGCUUGUUGAAGUCAACUCAACGAGCAGAAGAACUAGAAGACUUGCUGCGAGUCAACAAAUUAGAAACCAAAAAUCUGAUGGAUGAGAACAUGCGUUUGGUGAAUGAUGUUGAGGCUCAGAACCGGAGGAUUGAAGAACUUGACAAAGAGAAGAUAAAUGCUUUAACGAUCUUAGAAGAGAAACAGAAUGAAAUUGACGUUAUACAUCAGGAUUUACGUAAACUGGAGGAUGAAAUUUCUAGUUUAUGUGAGAAAGUCAAAGUCAAAGACGAGUCCUUGUUGAAGUCAACUCAACGCGCAGAAGAAUUAGAAGACUUGCUGCGAGUCAGCAGAUUAGAAACCGAAAAACUAAUGUAUGAGAAUACACGUUUGGUAAAUAAUCUUGAGGCUCAAAACCGGAGGAUUGAACAACUUGAGAAAGAGAAGACAAAUGCUUUAACGAUCUCUGAAGAAAAACAGAUUCAAAUCGAUGUUAUACAUCAGGAUUUACAUAAACUGGAGAAUGAAAUUUCUUGUUUAUGUGAGAAAGUCAAAGUCAAAGACGAGUCCUUGUUGAAGUCAACUCAACGAGCAGAAGAAUUAGAAGACCUGCUGCGAGUCAACAAAUUAGAAACCAAAAAUCUGAUGGAUGAGAAUGCGCGUAUGGUGAAUAAUCUUGAGGCUCAAAACCAAGCUUUAUGUGAGGAUAUUGAAAAGAUACGACUGCAUAAAGAGGAUUCGCUAAUUCAAAUGGAAAAUGCAUCCAGACAUAUGGAAGAGUGUUUUAAGGAUGUUGAGUUAACAAGAAUGCUGGAAAACAUGUUGCAGAGGUGUUAGAAUAACUUAUAACAUUGUAAGAGUGAUUGUUUGUUUUAUUGUAUCAUCUGAUGUUUGUUAUCUCUUCACGUCAGUUUAGUUGUGCCGUCAACAACCUUGUAAUCUUGUAGUUGAGUAAAGGAUAACAAAUUCUGUAAUCGUUUUACGUUUAAUGUCACAUCAUCUACGUUAUAAUCAAACAAUGCUUUUAUGAUU